AUGGAAGAAAAACGACGCAAGUACUCGAUCAGCAGUGAUAACUCAGACACCACUGACAGUCACACCACGUCCGCCUCCAGAUGCUCCAAAAUUCCGAAUACCAAAUCCACCUGGUCACGGCAGAAGGAGAAGAAGCCCUCUGAGGUUUUCCGUACGGAUCUGAUAACGGCCAUGAAGAUCCCUGACUCCUUCCAGCUGAGCCCUGACGAGUACUACGUCCUGGCUGAUCCCUGGAGGCAGGAGUGGGAGAAGGGCGUCCAGGUGCCAGCGAGCGCCGAGGCCAUCCCCGAGCCUGUGGUCAGGAUCAUACCCCAGCUGGAGAACUCGCCUUCACAGGUUUCACCGAGUAGCCUACCUGGCUCCGAGAUUUCGGAAGCUACGAGGACUUACUUGCAAGGAGUGAGCCGCUAUGACCUGGACGAGCUCGAUGCUUGCUGGUUGGAACUUGUUAAUAUGGAGCUCAAGGAGAUGGAAAAGCCCGAGCUGGAUGAGAUCACCCUGGAGCGAGUGCUGGAGGAGCUGGAGACCAUGUGCUACGAGAACAUGAACAUCGCCAUCGAAACGGAGGAGGGCUUGGGCAUCGAGUACGACGAGGACGUGGUGUGUGAUGUCUGCCGCUCGCCGGAGGGGGAGGACGGCAACGAGAUGGUGUUCUGCGACAAGUGCAACGUCUGCGUGCACCAGGCGUGCUACGGCAUCCUGAAGGUCCCCAUCGGGAGCUGGCUGUGCCGGACCUGUGCCCUCGGGGUUCAGCCAAAGUGUCUACUGUGCCCGAAGAGAGGGGGAGCGCUGAAGCCCACCCGGAGCGGGACGAAAUGGGUCCACGUUAGCUGUGCCUUAUGGAUACCUGAAGUUAGCAUUGGAUGUCCUGAAAAAAUGGAACCCAUUACGAAGAUCUCACAUAUCCCAGCAAGCAGAUGGGCUUUGUCCUGCAGCCUCUGCAAGGAGUGCACUGGGACGUGUAUUCAGUGCUCCAUGCCCGCCUGCGUCACCGCGUUCCACGUCACCUGCGCCUUCGACCACAACCUUGACAUGCGGACUAUUCUAGCAGACAACGACGAAGUGAAGUUCAAGUCCUUCUGCCUUGAGCACAGCACUGGUGCCACUAAGUUGCCCGAGGAGGCACGGACAGAGCCUGACCAAGCCCAGCUGGACUUGGAGAAGGUCACACUGCGGAAGCAGAAACUCCAGCAGCUGGAGGAGGACUUCUAUGAACUCGUGAAGCCUUCAGAGGUGGCGGAGAACCUUGACUUAAGCGAAUCGCUGGUGGAUUUUGUCUACCAGUACUGGAAGCUGAAGAGGAAAGCAAAUUCCAACAAACCACUGCUGACACCAAAAACGGAUGAAGUGGACAACUUGGCCCAGCAAGAACAGGACGUUCUCUACCGACGCUUAAAGCUCUUCAUGCACCUCAGGCAAGACCUGGAGAGGGUUAGAAAUCUCUGUUACAUGGUGACGAGACGGGAGAAAAUGAAACACACCAUUUGUAAACUCCAGGAGCAGAUCUUCCAUCUCCAGAUGAAGCUUAUUGAAAAAGAUCUUUACCCAGAACAAACUGGGAAGAAGACAAAGGGUAAGAAAAGUGACCCAAGAAGGAAAGGAAGAGAUGGUAGAAAAAGUAGUCCCGAGAAGAAAGAGAAAAGGAAAUCAGUCAACGAAACUGUAUUGGGACAACUGGGCUUGUCAACCUCCUUCCCCAUCGACGGGACCUUCUUCAACAGCUGGUUGGCGCAGUCGGUCCAGAUCACCGCCGAGAACAUGGCGAUGAGCGAGUGGUCCCUCAACAACGCCCACCACGAGGACAGCACCCCCGGCCUCUCUGAGGAGCUCCUCCAGGACGAGGAGACCUUGCUGAGCUUCAUGAUGGACCAUUCCCUCAGGUCCCCGUUCAAGCAGAGCGAGGCCACAAAGAAAGUGAAAAGCAAAACGAGAACGAACACUAAGAAAAAGCUGCCCAGGAGCAGCCCCCCCGCUGUGGGUGGGAGCCACCUGGAGAGCUCGGAGCCCUGGACUAACAACGCCAGCGAUUUGUCGGAUGACACCGCCAAGCCCUUCGCUCCCGAUUCCAGACCGAGCAAGUCAGAGAAAGGGGUGGCGAAGCUUCCCACCGACCGCAAGGGGACGGGUGAGGCAAAAAAGGCGGCCAAGAAGGGCUCUCUCCCAAAAGCCGGCGAACCUCACCCCCCGGCCGGGGCAAGGGGCUGCGUCAGCAAGGAGGAGGAGGAGGAGACGCCGCGCUGUGCUCAGCCGGAGCCCAGCCCCGCGGCCAAAGUGCCUGACUCCGUAGGUAGCCCCAAAACCGUCGUGCGGUUCAAAUUACCAAAGGAGAGCCGAGGGACUCGGAGGUCGCAGCCCCCCAAGCCCGACGGUGCCAGCGGAGCUCCCUUGCGUCGUUUCGACGCCGAGACGGACGGCUACUUCUCCGACGCAGAGAUGAGCGACUCGGACGGGGAGUCCCGCGGCGGCCGGGCACAGCGGGGCCAGCUGGAUGCGGCCAGCGAGGACAUUGUCAGGAUGAGCAUCCUGGCAUCCUAA